GCAUCUUUCCUUGUGCUCCUAAAUCAAUUCUGAUUGUACACUUCUUCUUCAUUCUUCAAUCAUCUUUGCCUUGAUUUUGUUGAAUUAAGAUGGAGAAUGACGGAAUCAGGUGCUUGAAGAAAUUCUUUCACACUUCCAUUGUGGUGCUACUUUUUCUACAAUGUUUCAACCCUUCCCUAUCCUCUGGAUUCUAUAAUGUUUCUUUCGGUUUCGAAGCAAUUGGCCACCGGGUGGUGACGAGGUGCAUAGAGAGUGAAAGGGAAGCACUCCUUUCUUUCAAACAAGGUCUGAUUGAUGACUACAAUCUCCUCUCCUCCUGGGGAAGAGAAGAACACAAGCAAGAUUGUUGCAAAUGGCUUGGCAUCCACUGCAGCAACCGAACCAACCAUGUUACUCAACUUGAUCUUGGAUGGAAUCAUAUGAAUGAAGUUUACUCACUUCAACAGAAAGGACAGCAGGAGUAUCCCGAAUAUUACUUUCGAGGUAAAAUGAUGAGUCCUAAACUAAUUGAGUUGCAGCAUUUGAAAUAUUUCGACCUUUCUUCCGUUAACUUCACUUGGACCCAGCUUCCAGAUUUCAUUGGUUCUCUUUCCAAUUUAAGACACCUCGACCUCUGGACUGCUUCUUUUGGUGGUCGAAUUCCAACUCAGAUCGGAAACCUUACCCACUUGCAAUAUCUUGAUCUCAGAUCCAAUCACUUUGCUAAUUUAGAAAACCUGAAUUCAUGGCUGCCUCGUCUUUCUUCUUUAACAUAUUUGGACCUGAGUUUCAACAAUCUCAGUAAUGUUCCUAACUGGAUGGAAGCAGUUAAUAAGCUCCCUAAACUUACAAACUUGUCUCUGUCUUAUUGCAGUCUUCCUUCUCCUCUAAUUCAUUCCAGUACUCUUUUUAACAUAAAUUCUUCUAAAUCUCUUGCUCAUGUUGAUCUCAGUGACAACCAACUCACUUCUUCUUCCAUAUUUCUUUGGUUGUCCAAAUACAAUGCCAGCCUUGUUCAUCUUGAUCUCAGAUACAAUAACUUUGCUAAUGUAGAAAAUCUGAAUUCAUGGCUGCCUCAUCUUUCUGCUUUAACAUAUUUGGACCUGAGUUGGAGCAAUCUCAGUAAUGUUCCUGACUGGAUGGAAGCAGUUAAUAAGCUCCCUAAACUUACAAACUUGACACUGUACAAUUGCAGGCUUCCUUCUCCUCUAAUUCAUUCCAGUACUCUUUUUAACAUAAAUUCUUCUAUAUCUCUUGCUCAUGUUGAUCUCGGUUACAACCAACUCACUUCUUCCAUAUUUCUUUGGUUGUCCAAAUACAAUGCCAGCCUUGUUCAUCUUGACCUCUCUUCUAACCAAAUUGAAGGAGGGAUUCCGCAAUCUUUUUCCAAGUUAUGUAAUCUGCAAGAAUUCAACCUUUACAACAACACUCUAAGUGGACAACUUUCUUCGUUGGUUCAAAUAUUAUUGUCUGCAUGCCCUGAUCAAAACUCAUUAGAGACUCUGGACCUCUCAAGGAAUCAUCUUUCUGGAUCAAUUCCCAAUCUCACAAACUUUUCAUCAUUGAAAGAAUUAGUUCUCUCUGACAAUCAAUUGAGUGGAACGGUACCUGAAAGCUUUGGGCAUAUGUCUACGCUCGAGAGUAUCUACCUUGGUAUGAAUGGUUUGGAAGGUGUGGUUUCGGAAAGCCACUUCUACAAUCUCUCUAGAUUAAGGAAUUUAUAUAUGUCCUAUACCUCACUAUCUUUAAGCUUCAGUUCUAAUUGGACUCCUCCUUUCCAAUUGGAUUCCAUAUAUUUGAGGUCUUGCAUGGUGGGUCCACAUUUUCCAAAAUGGCUUCAAACUCAAAAAAGUUAUAAAGUACUUGAUAUUUCUAAUGCAAGAAUUUCUGAUAUCCUUCCAAAUUGGUUUUGGAGCCCUCUGUCUCAUCAGGAUCGUGGAUCUUUUUUUAUAGAUAUUUCCAACAACCGAAUUAAAGGAACAAUUCCAAAUUCAAGAUUUGAGUUUCCCUCAUCUUCCUUUAGUCAAGUGAAUUUGAGUUGGAAUCGAUUGGAAAGUCCAGUCCCUUCAUUCCUGUCCACAUCAAUAUCUCUAGAUCUCUCCAACAAUAAGCUUUCAAGGUUAAUUUCUUUCAUUUGUCCAAAGACUUCGAACAAGGUUAGUCCUUUAGCCUUUCUUGAUCUCUCAAGCAACAAUUUGUAUGAACAACUUCCUAAUUGUUGGACACGCUUUGAAAAUCUUGUCUUUCUUGAUUUGAGUGAUAAUGCUCUUUUUGGGAAAAUUCCUACCACAAUGGGCUCUUUACCUUUUAUUCAAACGCUGAAGUUAAACAAGAAUGGGUUUGUGGGGGAAUUGCCUUCAUCUUUGAAGAACUUUACUAGACUCAGUGUUUUUGAUAUUGGAGAAAAUAACUUAUCAGGUUUGAUACCUGAAUGGUUAGGGGUUGGACUUCCAAAUUUGGCUAUUCUUAUCCUCCGUUCUAAUCACUUCUAUGGAAGCAUUCCACUACAAUUGUGCAAUAUGAGAGACAUUCAAAUUCUAGAUUUUUCGAUGAAUAACAUCUCUGGAAAUAUACCUAAAUGCAUCAAGAAUUUGACUAAUUUGGCUAAAAAAGGAAGUUCAAGUAUAGCUAUCUAUCAUCUCUAUAAUACCUCAACUGGCAGCCAACGAAGUUAUUUGGAGGAAGCAUCCUUGAUAUGGAAAGGCAAAAUGUCGAAAUACAAAAGUACUUUAGGGCUUGUAAAGAGUAUUCAUCUGUCGAGUAACCGAUUAACAGGGGAGAUUCCUACAGAAAUCACUGAUCUUGUGGGGUUGGUUUCCUUAAACCUGUCAAGAAACAAUUUAACAGGUCAAAUAACUCCAAUGAUCGGGAAAUUGGAGUCCUUACAGUCCCUUGAUCUGUCAAGAAACCACAUAUAUGGUGGAAUACCAACAAGCCUUUUUCAAAUAUAUGGUCUUGGUGAUUUGGACUUGUCAAACAACAACCUGUCUGGAAAAAUUCCAAUGGGGACUCAGCUCCAAACCUAUGAUCCAUCUGCUUUUGUUGGAAAUCCUCUGCUUUGUGGAAUUCCACUUCGACAGUUGUGCUCUCCUGAGGAAACAAGUCCAGAGGAGCAACCAAUGUUUGGGGAUCAAGUUAAAGAGAAUGAUGGGCUUAUAACAACAGGAUUUUACUUGAGUUUGGCGCUUGGUUUUGUUGUUGGAUUUUGGGGAGUUUGUGGGAGUUUGAUAUUCAUCAGGUCAUGGAGAUACACAUACUACAAGUUCUUGAACUAUGUGUACGAUUGGCUUUAUGUGAGGGUGGUGUUGAUCAGGCGACGAAGAACGAUUGAUGGGUAAACUCUCGUGCAUCUACCGUUGGUAAGCAGUGCUCCCUUUAAACAGGAGAAGAAGGAGAUUGAAGAGUGCAAUUUGAAGUUAUAAUUUAGUGAAAGUGUUGUGUUUAAUUUAGUGGCCUUUUUGUUUUUGCAAUGACGUUACUUAGAUUAUCUUUGAGGGGUUAAUUAGGUUAUUUUCAUCCUCUUUUACUAAGUGUACCAGUUGAUCCUUUUCAAUAAAUUUCUUUGAGAAA